AUGGAAACAUUUCAGUCUGAUGAAAGUUAUAGAAGUAUUGUUCUUCAAGGAUCCAGACCUUAACCUUAUUUAACAGAUUGGCGGAUGCCUUAAUUUUACGCAAUCAUCGAGGGUCUCCUAAGAGACUCUACCGCUUUGCGACUGUGCCUAUCAAUUGGACCAGCAGCGUCUCAUCCUUGCCUUGCGGGGAUAAUUAAUAUGGUGGUGGCGACGAAAUAUGUGCUGACGCGGAGGUCGCACCACUCCGGGCGCCAAAAUGGCUUUAUAGCAUAAACCAAGGUUCAAGCCCUUUAACUCUAACCCUUAGCUUGCCUAGAGCGGCCGUAUGGGGUGGGUAAACCUUGGGAGUCAGCUGGUGGCCAUUCCAGUCCGAAGUGUUAAUUAUCCGGAUGGUUUUUGGCUACGGGUUCUUUCCCUACCGGUUCCGAGGGCCGUAGUCUUUUUACCUGGCCGUCACCUGACCUCAGGGUGACCGAAAGGAGGCAUCAGGCUAACCUUUGCCUCCAAGCGGCCUAAUGACGUGAAGCACAGAGGAGUCUUUCUAACCCGUCGAUACUCAGGGUAGACUGUGCAAGCCCAGUUCCGAGAGAAGACAGACGUUCCACAGGUGCUGAUGGGCACCCUGGCAAGCAGGUGUCGGCUGUCGAAAGCGUGCGGAGGCAUCAAAUCUGGAAGACUUUAAGCCCUUUAAUCUUAAUCUUAAUCUUGCCUUGCGGUUCAGUGGGCAGUCUUCGCAAGGAUCCAGACCAGUUGAGGGAAGCGAUUUUGUUUCAAAUAAAAUCUCUUCAUCAGAUUUUACAGCCAUUUCAAUCAUAAAGGAUGCUCUAUUGAUGCAAUUUCUAAAGCUUUCCAAUCUUUGAUUUUUAUUUGUUUCUGUUUUAGAAAUUGUCUAUCAUAGAGAAGGCUGAAACACACUUCUUUUAUUCGGCCUAAUCCUGCUUUCCAAUGCUUUGAGAGUUGCAUAUUGAAAAAAUUCACUGUAUAAAAAUGACAAAAAAUCUAACAAAAGUAUCAUCUCGGUAUGAAAUGGGGUUGGAUUUGUCGAAAAGUUGUGGGAAAAUUUGUUAGUUGGAGAAAUUAUUUUGCUUAAAGAAAAUGAUAUCAUUCCAGCAGACAUUCUUAUUCUGGCAGUAGGAAACCAAGAAUACAAAUGCUAUGUGGACACUUUUGAAGUACUAGGUGAAAGAGAUCUAAGAGUAAAAAAGCCAAUAAAAAGCACACAAGAUAUUAUAAAUUCUACCGAUAUAAAGCAUGCUUCACAAUUUCUAAAGCGAUUAAACGAAACUGUCAAAAUCUCUGAGCCAAGAAAAAAUUUCCUUAAAUUCAAUGCAAAAAUAAACAUAAGGUCGCCUAAGCCUGAACUAAUUUCUUAUGAAAAUUAUAUUUUAAGAGGAGAAACAUUAGUUAACACCCCUUGGAUUUUUGCAAUGGCUGCUUAUACAGGAGCUGAAACCAAAAUUUACAUGAACUCAAAAUUUGAAACAAAGGUGUCAAAACUUGACAAGACUUUAAAUUUGAUUGUAUAUUGGCUGCUGUUAUUAGUCAUAACAUUGACAGGAAUUCAAGUCAUAAUAGGUUUAUUAUUAGGAAACGCAUUCUAUAACAAUCAAGUCGAUUUAGUUUUCAACUCAAUACUUAUCGUCCACCGUAUGAUUCCUUCUUCUCUAUUCCUUUGUGUAGAACUUUCUCGGAUUUUCCAGGCUUGGAUUAUUCACAAAAAAUAUAAAGGAAUAAAUUUUCUUAAAAGCUCUGUAAAUGAAGACUUGGGGCAGGUAGAGUAUAUUUUAAUCGAUAAAACUGGGAGUUUAACCAAGAAUGAGUUAGCCUUAAAAGUUUGUGUAAUUGGAGAAGAGCUGUAUAAAAUCGAAUCAUUAGACGAUGAGGAUAAUGAAGAUGGGUCAAAUUCUUCAUUUAAAUUUUUAGCACCCAAUCAAUUAUACCAAAUAUAAUUAAUUAUUAAAAAUAGCUUAAAAUAUAAUAUUAGAAAAUAUUCAUGUAUAUAUGAUAUAGAAAGAAGUGACUCAAACGUCGGCCUUCAAACAGCUCGUCAGCUGAAAUAUUUAAUAGCGCAUGAUGAGAUAUGCAAUGAAAAAACCAAAAAUUUUAUGCUGUGUAUGGCUUUAUGUAACAAUGCUUUUCCAGUGUCUGAUAUUGAAUUUACAGCCAUUUUAGAAGAUGACAGGAUACUUGCAAAGUGCGCUCAGAAUUUAGGCGUUAAUAUGAUUUUUAGAACGCAAAAUAAUGUUUACUUACUUAACUUAGUAUCUAGUGCUUAAGGUGUCUAGUGCCGCACCCUAAUAAAUAGGGCUAUAGCAGACUGUGACGUCACCGAACCAUCUUGGAAUCGCGGUGGUCAGCCCACCGGCCAAGCCUUCUAUCAAAGCUUCGCCGCCAGUCGCUGCACGUCCCACCCAGCGCGUUGCCAUUGCCUUGCCCUGACUCAGCUCCUGCGCGUGUUCCGCCUAAGGGUCAUCUUCCAGUGGAGAUGCUUUAGAGGUAAAACCCUGAGCCUCUUGAUGCACUGAGGAGCAGUUCCUUUAGUUAUUCCCAAAACUAAACUGCUGUUGCUGUGCAGAAGUUCUUGAGAGAAAGCCUAAUCCCAUAAAUAAAAUUCCAUGAGGGAGAGAAAAUUAGCAGAGCUAAUUUCUCUCGAACCGAAUGCAAUUUUAUUUAUGGACGCAAAAUAAUGCAGUUGUUGAUAUCAAUGGAGCUCCAAUUACUUAUAAAAUCUUAGGAGUGCUUCCGUUUGCUCGGAAACAAAAAAAAUCAUUAAUUGUGAUUUCUUUUCCAGGAAAAGAAGGGUCUAUUCUAUUCGCGAAAGGGGAAAAAGAAGAAAUGCUUGACUUGUUUGAUGGUGGAGAAGAGAGUAAGCAUUUGAUAUCAAAAAUUGUUGAGUCAAAAGAUUUAUCAAGUCUCAGAACUUUUAUUUUUGGAUACAAGAUAUUAUCGCAGGCUAUGACUGAUCAGUUUAUAUUAGAUAUAACAAACGCCAAUUUGUCACCAAUUAAUAAAGUUGGAAGAAUCGAGUCUGUUUUUGAAAAAAUUCAAAAAAAUCUAAACUACCUCGGAAUUGUUGGGCUUGAUGAUACAGUUUCUGAAAACUCUAAACAAUCAGUAAAACUAUUAUCUGAUUUCGGAAUAAAAUUUUGGGUGCUUUCUGGGGAUUCUGAAGAGAGCACUCUUAAAGCAGGAUUGAAAUCAGCAUUACUCGAAGAAAACGGAAGAAUUGUAAAAUUAAAUAAUUUGGCUUCAGAACAAGCAUGUAUGGAAGAAAUGUUAGAAAAUAUAAAAUCUUGUAUAUUUCAGGAAGACUAUUCUAUAAGUAUUCCUGAAAAUCCUAAGCUGCUAAUAUCAAUGGACAGCAUGAUACAAAAGCCUAUGGAAAUACGGACUGAAGACCUCCAUCAUCAAUCUUCUGAAUUUCAAAUAAUUAAAAAAAUAAGUGACAUUAGCUAUUUUAAGUUCAAGAAACCAAGACGCGAUACAAAUUCACUGACUCCCCCCUUCGUGAGCGAACAAAAAAAAUCUUGUUCGCUCACGGAGGGGUUAAUUUUUUUUUUAACAAAUUUUAUAGAUUUUUUUUUUUCAAAAUUUAAAAAAUCCUAAUUCGCAAAAAUUGAAAAGUAAAUAUUAAUUUAAUCUGUAAAAUUUAUGUUUUUAAAACGCAAUUUGUUUUAAAACUAAACAGAAUUAGCUAGAGAUUCCAUUAUACUAAUUAUCACUUAUAUAUCAAAUUUUUUUCCAUAAACAUUUUUUGUUCACGGGGUGGGUUUUUGGGCAAAAAGUAGGGAUUUUUCUAAUGGUUUUGUUCGCUCAAGGAGGGGGGGAGUGAGGAGAAAGAUACUCCCACUAAUUUCAGAGCCUGAUUUAAACACAAGCAUGCUUUUUAAAAAAAGCUAUAACCAUAAUUCUGUUGAUUUUACUCUAUCUGUAGACAGUAUAAGUUUGGAAUCUGCAAUCAAAACUAAAGAAAGCAGGCAGUGCUUUGUGGCAUUGCUUUUUGCUGCUAAUGCAGUAUUUUUCCAUUCAAUUUUACCAAAUCAAAAACGAAAAAUUGUAAAAUUAUUAAAAAAUAAUUUUGAUUUUAAACCUACAGUUUUAGCAGUUGGGGAUGGCACUGAUGAUAUUGGGAUGCUUCAAGAAGCACAUAUAGGCGUUUCACUAAAAAGAAGCGGUUUUCAUGACGCAGAGAAUGCUAGCGAUAUUAUGAUUGAUAAUCUAUCCUGUUUAGCAGACUUAAUUAUUUAUGAAGGGCAUAACUGCUAUAAUAGAAUGUGGAAGAUGGCUAUACUUUGCUUUUAUGGAAAUUUAUUAUUAGUUUCUGUAGAUUUUUUUUAUAAUGUUAUUUUUGGGUUUUCUGCAAAUCCAUUAAUUCCUGAUGAACUUGAAGUAAUUUUUGAUCUGCUAGUCAUGGUUAUUCCAAUGGUUUGUUUCGGAAUUUUUGAAAAUAUGGCAAAUAUUAAAGAUAUUUUAGAAUUCCCAAAUUAUUAUUUUGAGCAUAUUUUUUCUGUCUCAGCAAUGGCUAACUCCCCCCCCCCCUCCGUGAGCGAACAAAAAAAUUUUGUUCGCUCACGGAGGGGGGUUAAUUUUUUUUUUUAAAAAAAAUUUAUAUAUAAAUUUUUAUAAAAAAUAUUUUUUUCGAAAUUUAAAAAAAUCCUAAUUUGCAAAAAUUGGGAAGCAAAUAUUAAUUUAAUUUGCAAAAUUUAUGUUUUAAAACGCAAUUUGUUUAAAAUUAAACAGAAUUAGCUCUAGAUUUCAUUAUACUAAUUAUCACUUAUAUAUCAAAAUUUUUUUCCAUUAAAAAAUUUUUUCUAUUAAAAAAAUUUUUGUUCACUCACGGAGGGUGGGUUUUUGGUCAAAAAAUGGCGAUUUUUCUAAUGGUUUUGUUCGCUCACGGAGGGGGGGGGGGGUAAGUAAGGGUAUUAUUUUUUCAGUAUUGUGGGGGUUUAUACAAGGGUUAGUUAUAAUACUUAUUAUGUUUACCUCAAUAGGAGAAAUUGUAAAUGAGAAUGGAUUCACUAGUAAUUUUGAUUUAUCAGGAUUUGAAAUUUAUAUAAUAAUUUAUGUGCUUAUUGGCAUAACAUCUAUAUGGGCAUCCAGUAAAUUGUCAUUAAUUCAAAUAGGAUCUCAGGUCUUUGUAUUGGUUUUUUCAUCUGUGAUAAUAUUAUUGCUUACAUAUAAUCAGCUCUCCAAUGAUCAGCUUAUAGGAAUUUCAGAAAUGCUUGGAGAUGUAUCUUUAUCUUGGAUUUGCAUGAUUUUUGUCCCAAUUUAUAUGUUUUUAAUUACUUUUUCAGUAAUUUCUAUCUAUGAGAGCUUCAAAUAUAAAAAGAGCCCAAAAAUCACAGUCCUAAGACCUAAUAAUAAAUUUAGUAAAGAUAUACGACUAGAAAAGUACAGAAACUGUAUUGGAGAGAUUUAUAAUGAGUCAUCAGAUUGAGACAAGAAAAUGAACCAAUACACUUUUGAUAUUAAUAAAUGCAAGCUAAAAUUUAUCUCAGAAUACAGAGAGCAAGAUUACCAAAAAUAUGCUACAGAGGCGAAUUUACAAUUUUAUAAAUAUUUUAUGAUACUGAAAUUGGUAGCAAUAAUUGGAGUCACAAUAUAUAGGAUUAUUCAAGAAAUUGAUGAUCUUUAUACCCUUAAUUCUUUCUGAAUUUUUUUACCAGAUCUAUUAUGAUCGAUUCUAAUAUACACAGAAUUCUGAAAAAAAUGACUCAAAACAAUCGUUAUUAUAAACUUUUUAACGUACAAUACAAUUAUUUUGAUGAAAAAUAUUUUUAUUCCAUCAAUACCCAUUUUAGUAAUCGUCCAUUUUUUUAUCGGUUUUAGCCAAUUUUGGUAUGAAAUGAUAAUUUGUGGCUUGAUUUUUUCAUUUUCAGGAUGCUCUGCAACUAUUUUCUAUUUUUCCCGGGUACUUAAUGAAGAGCAUGAUGAAGUUGUAAUAGGAUCAUUAGAAUACAUGAUUACUUAUAUAGGAAUUGCGCUGACAUCAGCACUGAUUGGCUACACAAUCGAUAAGUCUAAACGAAAUGAAUAUAUCGUGAGUAACAAAGUCCAUAUAGAGGUAAAUAAAUUAACAAGCAUUUUAAAUUUGCUGCUUCCUUCACACGUGUCAAGUCGUGUGAAAAACGGCGAAAGAUCAUUUGCAAAAGACCAAGGCAUCGUCAGUGUGAUUUUUUGCGAUAUGUGCAAUUUCGAUUCUAUAGUCGCAAGCUACUCUCCACAAGAGCUUGCUUCAUUUCUUGAUGAUCUUUUCAGCAAAUUUGAUAAGCUAUGUGAGCAGUCUGGGGUAUCUAAAAUUGAAACAGUCGGAAAAACUUAUAUGGCUUGUGCAGGACUCUCUAUUUUUGAAUCAGAAAUUGACCCAAAUUUAACUUGUGUUUCUCAUGCGAGAAGAGCGAUUGAGUUUGCACUUUUGGUCGUAAAAACAAUUAAAACGAUGAAGCUCAAAAAUGGAGAAGAAUUGACAUUCAAAAUUGGAAUAAAUAGUGGAAAAGUGACUGCUGGAGUCGUAGGAAAUCAUAAGCCUCAGUUUUCUUUGGGGUGCGAUUCCAACGAUAGUGCCUUUUUGAUAGCGUGUAUUUCGACGAAGUACUUUUGGUCGAAAAUUGGUUGAAACUUUUUGAUAGUGAGACAUUUGACCUAAAAAAUGUGUUAAAUUUCGACCAAAUGUAACACUAUUUAAAAUUUUCUAACCAAAUGUAUUUCGAUGAAAUGUACACUGUCAAAAAUCCACUGUUAUUUGGCAUGGAGCCGUUUUCUUUGAUAGGAGACACAGUAAAUACUUCAAGUAGAAUGUGCUCAACUUGUACAGAAAUAAAUGGAAUCCAAAUAUCUAUGGACACUUAUGAGCUGCUUGAAGAAGCGGAAAGAAAUGGUCUGGAAUUUUCUGCUAAAACUAUUUAUGCAAAAGGCAAAGGGGAUAUGGACACCUUUAUAGUUAGCCUAAAUAGUAGAGAGAGUAUUAAGAUUAAGAUUACGAUAACACUCUGUCGACCCCCACUUAGCUUAGGAUCUGACAAUACAAAGCCCUCCUUCAUGAAUUCCAUCCACUAGCAAACAGCUCUGAAACAACGUAGGUGGGAAUUGGCCUAACCGUCGAACCGUUUCAGUUGCCUAUGGCCCAGAUGAGUCUCUCUUCGGUUCUUGAAUGUGAUUCAAGAGUAAUUGGGGCUGCCGAGGCAGUCCCAACUCAGAUUUCCUUUAGAAAGUAAGAACUUCCCUCACUAGGAAAAAGUAUAGGGAGCUGUGCCCUAACUUAUGCCUUCCAUUUUUAAUUGUGAGAGAGCAUUAAAUCAGCAGAAGAAAGCCGUAAAAAUUUUCAGCUAAGUCUUGAUGUCCCUAAUGUAUCUACAGUAUCCCCAAACGCCAAUUCCAGGCAUUCCUCAGUCUCUUCACAAGGCCAAACCGAAUCCCAAAACCGGUCUUCGCUUAUGUAUGAUCUUGAUAUCUACGAAACUAAAGAACUUUUUAAAAAAACUAGCACAGGGAUUAUUGAAAAGCCUAGUUUUUUUUCUUUAAAAUGCCAAGAGUCUCAAAAAGAGCGCAAUUUCCGAUUAGAAAUUAUACCUAUUUACGAUAAUAAAAAUCAUUAUUACUGGUUAGCUAUUUUUUCACUAUAUUAAUAUAGGAUUACAGUAACCAGCAGGGAUAUUUAUGUUUUCUAUAGUAGGUAUAUGAAAAAUAAGCUGCCAUUUUAUUAUACAGCUCUUUCUAUUGCAGUUUUAGGGUUUUUUUUCUCAAUUAUUCCAAUAGCUAUUAAGAGUAUUGCUAAAUGUGAUGAGUCAAAUAUAAAAGGCAUAGUUGCAUUAUCCUCUGAUAUUAUUUUAUUUGCAUUUAUGAUUUAUCUACUAAAUUCACUCUAUAUAUGAUUGGGAAAAUAAUUACUAUAAAGAAAAAUAAAUCAUUCUGUAUAUAAAUAUUUUUUACAAAAAAAAUUCUAUGAUUAAUCAAAAUAUUGAUUUAAAAUUGAGAUAUAGCGCGAGCGCGGUAGCUCCAUCCUCCCCUCCCCUCGCCUUGAAGGUUUAGUUUAGAUGAAACAGGAAAAAUGAAUUUGACAUGCCAAAUUCAUAAUAAUGGGCUCCUAAUUUUCUUAUUCUGUUCCAUUCAAAAUGAAAACCUCAGGAAGGUGGGGAAAAAGGGGGAGUCAAGGUCGAGCCAUAGCUGCUCGCGAAGUAUAUUUGAUAUUAUAAAACAGAGAUUAGAAAAUCAAGCUAGCAAUUUUUCUUAUGUAGAUCUAUAAAAGGGCCUUCAAAGAAAUUAAGCCUCCAUAAAUGAAAUUUUUGUUUUUUCUCCGAUGCGGGGUAAGAAAAUAUCAUCAUAAAAGAUGCUUUGCUUGGGUGUUGGAAUUUGCAUAUGUCUUGGCGCUAGUUAUGAGUUUAAUCGGAACUUAUUCAAAAGGUGAGAUUUAUACAAAUCUAGAAGUAAUAUACAUCAUGCACUGAAUCCUGCUUAUGACUCAUUGCUCAGAUCUAUUUUUCCACUGAAAUUUUAUUAUAUGUCUCAUUUCUGUUUCUCCCUGCGUGGUCAUGCUUUAUAUAGAAAUGAACAGUUUCGAUCGUAUUUUUAUAUUGGUUAUAAUCACUUUUAUCGCUGUCUUAUAUUUUACAUUAUUUCACAGAGAAAAAACAAUGAGAAAAUCUCAUCUUUUAAUAACAGCAGGAAAAAAAGAAAUAGAAAAAACUGAACAAUUAUUGAAAAAUAUGAUGCCUCCUCAUAUAUACCAGAACUUGCGAAAUGAAAAUAAUGCUGCAGAAGUUAUAAAAGAUGUCACUUUAAUUUAUGCUGAUAUUGUAGGCUUUACAGCCUGGUCUUCUACUAAUUCUACUGCAGAUAUAGUAAAAAGACUGUCAGAUCUAUUUACGAGUUUUGAUAAAAAAUGCGAAAAAUUCCAUGUCUAUAAAGUCCAUACUAUUGGGGAUUGCUAUGUAGCCAUGGGAUAUAAAGAUAACGACAGAAACCCUCAGCAAGAAUGCAUCAACAUGGUAAACUUUGCGAAAUCGAUGAUAGAAAUUAUAGAAAAAGUCAAUAGAAAGUAUAGAAGUCAGCUGAAUAUGAGGAUUGGAAUACACACAGGUGAUAUUAUAGGAGCAAUUUCAGGGACAAAUAUUGUAAGAUAUGAUGUUUAUGGCUCAGAUGUUUUAAUUGCAAACAAAAUGGAAAGUAAUGGAGAAGCUGGAAAAAUCUGUGUAAGCGAAGUGACCAAAAAUUUAAUUGAGUCUUCCAAUCCAGAAUUAUAUCAUUUUUCGUUUUCAAAAGAAAUUUCUAUACCCUCAGUCAACAGAACAAUAAAAUCAUACAUGCUGACCGAUUUUUCUUCUGACGAGGAAUCCCCUUAAUCCUCCCUUUUUAGGUUGAUACAGAAUAUACAUUUUUUGGGUAUUGAUCUCCUUUGAAUUGGAACAACUUUUUUCAAUUGGAAUAUUUCAUAGCUAAAUUGUUAAUUUUUAUUAAAUUAGUUUUGACCUAAUUUAAUGUAAGAAAAAUAUUAUUUACGCAAUUUCUCCACUAAUUGAUUAUUUUUUGAAUUAAUUCUCAUAAAAAAAAAUUAAAACUUUUCAAUUUAUAUUUUUUUUAAUUUUUUAAAAAAUUAACCUUUUAAAUUGUACAGGAUGUUUUGCUCCAAUUUAAAGGGGGUUAG